UCCGCGCAGCGCCGCCGGGAGCGCAGAGUCGCUCGCCGAGCCGAACGCAAAGCAGCGCCCGCUCGCGCCCGCUCGACGACUGCUGGUCGGCGCGUCCCCGCGACGUGGUGCUGUCGCUGCUCGCGCGCCAACGACCCGCGGCUGUGCUCGGCUGGCGAGGGUGGCUGCUGCCCGCGCGCCGCUCCUUCCGGCUCGGCCCCCAUCGUCGUCGUCGUCGUCGUCAUGACGUCGAAGGUGCUCGUGAAGCUGCCCGUGGUGCCGUUCCAGCAACGCAAGAAGCCGCCGCCGCCGGAGAUCGCGCCGCUGCCCAGCCGCCACGACGAGUGCGACGAGGCUAGGUUUCAAGGGCACGGCAGCGACAAGGUGACCCAGCUGGAGCAGAACAUCAAGUUCCUGCAGGACCAGCACCAGGGCACGCUGCUGGCGCUCCACCAGGAGGUCGAGAGCCUGCGGCAGCGGAACCGAGACUUGCAGUUCCAGCUGGUGUUCGGCAAGGGCACCGGCCAGCACGGCUACGCCUCCAGCAGCGCCUCCUCGCCGGAGGACGCCGCCGGCAGCGGCUUCGUCAAAGCCAAGCAGGCGAGUCCGGCGGCCGUGAACGUGGCGCCGCUGCAGGUGGAGCUGCUGGAGAAGGACCUGCAGGAGCUGCGCGCGUCGCUGACCGAGGCCAGGGCGCGCAACGUGUGCCUGUCGGAGACCGUGGACAAGCAGAAGCAGAGGCUGCUGCUGGCGGAGAGGCAGCGCGACCGCCAGAAGGACGUGGGCGUGCAGGUGGACAGCUUCGCCGAGUGUCGCGAGGUGGAGCUGCAGGCCCGGCUGGACGACGCGGAGGCGCUGGUCAAGCGGUUGCGGCUGGAGGCCGACGAGCGCCGCCAGGAGAUCGGCAGCCUCAAGUCGCCGGCCGGCCACAGCCAGCCACCACAGCCGCAGCAGCAGCAGCGCGCCACCAACCAGAGCCGCGGCCAGGGCGGCUACCACGGCCGCGGCGGCGGCGGCGGCGCGGACGCCCAGGAGGACGGCUACCAUAAGUUUCCGCCGCUGCACACGCAGAGCUACUGGCACCGCGGACCCGCGCGGCCCGGCCCCAGCUUCGAGCACAUGGCCGGCCAGUCGGAGUACCGACGCGGCAACAGGCAGCAACAGCAGCAGCAGCAGCAGCAACCGCCCAGGCAGCCCAAGCAGCGGCUCGAGGUGGACGAAGCGGGCGUGCUGCCCCAGCUGCAAAACGGCGCCCACUGCCCCGACGCCGGCGCCAGUUGCCCCCCGUUCUUCCGCCAGCAGACCCACCACAACGGCGGCAACUACCACAGGGACGAGCAGCAGCAGCAGCAGCAGCAGCAGCAGCAGCAGCAGGGCGCUGGCGGCUUCCGCAAGUACCGCGGCAAGAAGGCGCGCAAGGACUUUGCCGGCCAGGAGCGCCGGCUCUUCCAGCCGCAGCACUACGAGCAGAGGGACCAGCAGCAGCGGGCCCCCUUCCCCGGCGACUCGGGCGCCGCCAGGCCGCCGCCGCGCAGGCAGCAGUCGUAAGUCCGGGCCCUCGGCGCCGAUCGACGCUCGCCGCGCUCGCCGCUUCACCGCAGUCUUUUCAGUCAGUUGCAUGCACGCACGCGUAGCCAACUCUUAGCGCAAUUCCUUUCGCCUCUCGGCGUCGAUCGCCCGCGCCUCGCGACCUCACGCACAGCGGCGCGAGCCGCUCGUUACCGCGGCUCUCGAGCCCACUUGUUUUUCCGAGGGGCGCAUUACGUAUCAAAUGAUUGUACUCGUGUGCACGCGUGAUGGCAUGUGCGGCGGGCAGCCUCGCUGGGCGGCCCGGCCGCGAUUCACGCCACUUGUAACUUUACGCGAUUACUGUAUUGUUAGUUACAUCAUUAUAGAAUAUGUAUAUUAUAUAUUUAUAAAGUUUUUCAUUGUCUAUAUUUACUUGAACACGUUUUUAUUAAUGGCGACGACGAUAUAACUUGUCGAACAUUUUCUAGACUCAAAAUAUUUACGAGAAUUUAGUUUUUUAAAAAAUUUCAAAAACCAAAAAAAUCAAAAGCAUUGAUGUGUUGACGCUUCUUUUUUUCAUUGGUAAACAUGCAACUUUUCUUCGAGUCUCGCAUUAUGAGAUUUGUAAUCAGUGUGACUAAACAAAAAAAUUAUUUGUAUCUAAAAAGUGUACUACAAUAUAACCAAUUUCAGGUAAAACUUUAGUAUAAACUUUUAUCCAUAUGCUUAAACAUUAUUCAAAUUCAAAUUUGCAAUUGGCCUCUACCUCUCUCUUUCUCUGUCAUUAACGACAAGUUCCAACAAAAUAGAUCUAUACAAUUUUUAUGCUCUUGUCAUAAUCUCUCACGACCAUGGUAUAACCAUAUUGUAAUACUUAUCCUGUGAACUGAAUAAUCAACAAGUAUAUUGUUGUACAAUGAAAUUCUAUGUUGAACUACUAUCUACCUUAUAUAAUUUGCUCAAUAUGAGACACGAGACUUGUAUGUUUAAAUGGGUGAUAUAUUA